GUUGAGUAAAAGGCUCGCGUGCAGUGGCGCGCACCUGUCGGAAUGCGAAAGUUGUCUGAGAGAGCACAGCGGUGACAAUGAUGGAGAAGGACCGGCAGAGAGUGGACUCUGCAUGUAGCUAGCUAGCGUAGACUGAAGCAUCACACAGCCACGCCACACCAAAACGAAAGGCUCAUAGUCUUAAAACAUGUACGAAACUACGACGAGCAGCAAUCAACCGCCCUUUCGAGACGUUGGCGGCGACCAUCAGACGGUCGGUAGUGAUUCUAGUAGUAGCGCCGAAUUUCGGGCCGCCACAGAUGCCUUUCAAGCUUUUCGUCCGUCUCUCUUUGUGUCGCUGCAGUCUCCUCCGGGAGAACCUUCCGAAGAAAUGCAGCAACAACAGGCUGGUUUGAAUGAUACUCUCCCAUCGCUCCACGACAAAUCCUGGAUUGGGGCUCGCAUGUCUCCCAUUCACAAUGAUCAUGAGGAUGGAUCUCAUAAUAAAGAACAAGACAACCAAGACUAUUACUUUCAACGACCACAGCAUGCCACACGACAAGCACAACAACAACACCAACAACUCCCACCAUUCUUGACCAAUGCCGCCCCAUUGGCGGGUCAUCAAAGAGCCGAAUAUCCUCCGUUUGGCAUUCAUCCCUUGCAAUCGUCAAACUACUAUGCGGCAGCGCAUCAUCAUCCUGCCUUGAAAUCACCCGUAUCCGCAUACAAAUCAUGGUGGUCCACUGUAUUGUGUCGGUGGGGAACCGUCGUCUGUUCCAGCGCUGCAAUCUCUCUGAUAGGAAUGGGACUCUAUGAUGCUUACCAUUCCUACUAUUAUGAUUACGAUGGUGACGACAACAAUGCACAACAACAAGUUAAUUCAGUACUACAUGCCUGGAGAUGGCCGUGGGGACAACCCUCUCCAGAAACCAGCCGAGUGGCGGGUGGACUGAUACCCUCCCUCGUCAUUUCAUCGUCUUCCAAUGACAACAACAACAACACUACGCUGAGUUACUGGAGGUUUCUGGCCUCUGGGCUUCAGUGUCAUUCCAUUGCCGAAUUCAUUCUCAUGUUUCUCGGAUGGUUUGUAGUGGCAAGACCCAGUAUUCAUACGCUUUCCACCGGCACCAUGGCAGCUCUAUACUCCAGCUGUACCAUGACGGGGCAAUCAUGGAUGUUGGCCGUUUGGUGGUUGACGUCAAAACAACAACAACAACAAGACGACAGUAGUACUCUCGUGGUACAGUGUGCUGCAUGGGGUACCUGCGGUGUCUUGUGUUUUGUGGGGAUGCUACGACCGCAACGGCGGUUUGGUUGCUUUGUGAUUUGCAUUGCACUCGUCGUGGUUUCCUUGGCACAGGCCAUGUGGUGGCUUCCACCAACAACAAACCAACAAGAGGUGGACAUUCAGCCGGGUAACCCUCUACCCAUUGUGGUAGGAUGCACUGCCAGCGCAUUUUGUGGAUGGGCUCUCUACGGAAGUCAAAUGUUGAUUGCUGUGCAUUAUGGGAUCGAUCGGCCUUCAGCAAAGAACAAAAACAACAAUGCUUCGUUACCUGUCAUGAUGAGGAAUACAACCUAUCCACAUCCCAAUCAAUUCGCGUUUGCCCGACGACCUCAAAUACCCACAGCAAUCCGCAUUCUAUGCGCUAUUCUGGUAGUGGCAAUGUGGGUGGCGCCCCUAUUGGUCCUCUCCUAUUUUGAUUAUCGAUACUAUGCUCAUGCUGGUGAUUCUGUGGAUGACGACUUUGCAGCUACUGGAUAAGUUUCAAUAUAUUGUUAGCAGAAGCAGACGACAGCUGUGGUGGAAUGAGGAUGAAGCGAGGGUACCGACCGCAGAGCACUUUUGUUGCAAUACGCGGAGAGUAGGUCGGCAUUCAAUUCAGACAACGAAAAAGGCGAAAUGGAUUGGGUCUGUGGCGAGCUCAACGAGUGGGACCAACCACAUGACAUCCAAUGUGUGGUCCCUUCGCAUUCGCUCAUAGAGACUUUACGCCGAGAUUAUACAAGGGCAGGGUAAGCUGCGGCCACAACAUUUCUUGAAUGUGGUACGUCUCUGUGUAUGUAGUUUUCUAUUUGUAAAUAGACGGAAAUAAUAUGCUCGGGUCAAACCAAACAAAGCUAGCCCUUUAUCCUUACUUAAAUGGACACAUACAUACAUGUACCAGACUAUCGAG